UAAUGAAACAAAUGGAUACCGGUUCGUGUGGAGUGAACAAAUCGGAACGGGAUGCUGUCCGCGAGUGGGUAUUCGCGCAGAAUACGAAUCCCACGGUCUGGCCUGCUGAGAGAAUCGGGAAAAUCGUUCGAUCGCACAGCGCGUGGAACGGACAGCGGUUUUCACACGAAAAUCCAACAAAAACUGACCAGGAUAGAGAGUGAGUGAGAAGAGAGCAAGAGAGCGUGCGGGUUGGGAAGAGUAAGCAAAAGGGUGCACCAAAGUGAACCGCUUCCAUCCGCCACGUCCCCGUGCAUCUUUGGUGAAGUGUGUGAAUCUCGAGCUCGGGACUGGCGGUGCAGUGACACGCCUGAUGCGGAGACUGGUGCUGUGAUAAUAGAGGGCAAUCGUGAGUUUUUAUCGCAUCUCGCGACCGGCUUGCUGUGAUUGCAGUGCUGUGCGUGCUAGGAGCCAUCCCUACCAGCAACAGCAGCAGCAGCAGCAUCCCAUCAGCUGAGGCAGGCAUUGGUGACGUGCGUGCGUGCGUGAAAAGUGUUGUGUUGUGUUCGCGGGUGCGCGCGCUCAUCCGCUGACUCUGGGUGCUUUGUACAGGGGGCUUCAGUGGCCGGUCCGUACCUCCCCGUGCCCCCCGUGUACAGCGACAGGCGGCACCACCACCGUUGGUGCAUCGGGCAAACCGAACGGAAAUUCUAUAUUUAUCGAGAGGGCGAGAGUGUGUGAGCAGUAGGCGGCGGAGCGGAGGCCAACCGAAAGGAAUUAGACAAGUGAAGUGUCACUAUUUUUUCUGGUUGUUUUGGUUAGUAGUGACCGCGCGGCCCCGGCGGUGCUGUGCUUCAACGAUACUAGGUGAGCUCGCCGGCACACCAACCAUCUACACGACAAACGCCGUGCGCUGGAUCGCAGUGAGCGUGGCAAAGGGAAACGGAGCCGGCCGGUUGUGCUGCUGCUGCGAACGUAGCAAUCAAUGAUCACGUAGAGAGCCACAUACCAGUGGAUUAGCAUUACCCUGGAAGCUGGUUCGCUAGAACCCUCUCCGCCACACCGCUACUAGGGCUGGACACCCGAAGGACUCCCGCUGCAGAUUGCCGGCACACACGCGGGAAGCAUCGCGAAACUGGCCACCCGGACAACGACAUCAAGCAGGGCGCUAUCAUGAAGCGGCGCAAUGCCGACUGUGGCAAGAUUCGACGGCCCAUCAAGAAAAACAAAAUCGCCGAACAGAUUGGCAGCAACACUCUAUUAUACGUGAAAUUCCUGCUACUAUGGGCACUCGUGAUAACAGCCGACUUUCUACUAGAGUUCCGGUUCGAAUUCCUGUGGCCAUUCUGGCUGCUGCUUCGCUCAGUUUACGAUUCCUUCAAAUAUAAAGGAUUGGCGUUCUCGGUGCUGUUUGUCUGCAUCGCAAUUACCUCCGAUCUCGUGUGUCUCUUCUUCAUCCCCGUGCAGUGGCUCUUUUUCGUAGCCAGCACCUACGUUUGGGUGCAGUACGUUUGGCACACAGAUAAAGGUAUCUGUUUGCCGACGAUAAUAUUAUGGAUACUUUUCAUAUACCUUGAGGCGUGGAUUCGAUGGAAGGAUAGUCGAAACCUGCCACAUUUGGAUCUCUGUCGGCCUUUUGCUGCUCACUGCAUCGGAUACCCGGUAGUGACGAUUGGGUUCGGGUUCAAAAGCUACGUCGGUUACCGUAUCCGGCAGCGUAAACAGCGCGAGGUAGCCAAGGACAAUGACUUCUACAUGCAACUACUGCAGGAAGCCCUACCCAAGGAGGAAUCGACGGUGCUCGAUCAAACGACGAGCUCGGAGGGAAGCGAUCAGCAACAGCAGAAGGAUCUGAUCGUCGUACCGACGACAGUGUCGUGCACGAUAGUCAAUAGUAGCCUGAGUACCAGUAGCAGUAGCUCCUCCAGCAGUCGAAGCGAUACCAGCCAGCAUCAUCACCACAAUCAUCAUCAUCACCAUCAUCAUCAUCAUAACCAUCAGCAACAGCAACCGCAGCAGCAAGUUAAUAAUAGUAAGAAUGCUCAAAAUCACAAAACAUCGAGCAAUAGCAGUAUAGCAGCCCAGUCGUCGAGUGCCCAUGCUAAUGGGCACGUAAGUAGCGGGAACGCCUCCUCCUCGACACCUAAUAGCAGCUCCAUGAACGGUGGCCUGAAUCAUCAGCUACCGGCUGGUCAGAACUCUUCCAAGCACCGGAAAAGUUUGGACAAGGAAAGUAGCAGUAGUAACUCGUCCUUUUCAUCCAGCACAUCUAGUACAUCGAAUGGCGUCACUAAGCCCAACGGUGGUAGUGGUGGUGGUGGUAGCGGUGGCGGCCCCGGAUCUAGCGCUGGCAGCAAUUUUUCCUACCAUCAAACCAGCCCUAUGCUACAACAAGGUAACGCUGGAAGUAACAACUCCUUUACAGCUGUCACCACCACCAAUAGCAUCACCGCCGCCACAAACACUACUAGUAGCAGCAGCACCAGCCCCAGCAUGGUCACCGUUAGUACAAAGGAGUGCACCGUAUCCUGUGCUCACGUAAACGGUAGUCUUAGAGAUAAGGAUACGAAGGAUGUUUUUCCGGGUGCAAGUACGGCCACCACACAGCAGUACGGUCGUAAGGAAGGUGAUAGAGAAACGGCACCUAGCUCUACGAGCGAUUUCUCUUCGUCGUCUAGUGCUAAUCGCUCAGCAGAUAAUGGCAUGAUAACGCACCACCACAAACCAGUCGGUAAACAGAAUGGCCAUGUACCUACUCUUGAGCAGCAGGCGAGUCAGCUGAAUGGUGCCACUGACACGAGCCCUACGACGGGUACAACGGUUGUUCCCGUUGUGGAAGCUAAGAGUGGUCGUGCAGGGCGUAAAAACCGACUCAAGCAGCAACAGAAAGCAGCCGAACAACAGCUAGCAAACAGUGGUUCGGCGAUGUUGAAAAUAUUUGCGACCCUUGGGCUAGCUUCAACGGUUACGACGACACUAACAACGACGACCUCGUCCACGGGUGCCGCCAGUAGCUCAGUGAAUAGCUCAAUGGCAGAUGGUAGUACGACGGCACCAUGCUCCAAAACUUCGGCCAAAACGGCUGCACUAGCAAGCAACAGUAGUGAAGCAUACUUGGCCGGUCCAGGUAGUGCUUCCGGUGCCGGUGCAGAUGCUAGCCAGCCGUCUGGAGGUACUGCGGUCAACAAAUCAUCCGCCAAUGGUUUUGCAGUGGCUCCUCCAGUUGCACCCGUCGUCAUUGUGCAAAAGGUGUGCGAGUCCUGUCCCCGACUAGAAGGUGACCUGAAGAAAGUGCGCACCGAACUGGCAGCGCAACGUCAAACGGAGAACGAAAUGCGUCAGAAGUACGAUUCCACCACAGGCAAUCUGAAGGGAUGUCUCCAAAAGACGCAGAAAGAGUACGAUGAGCUUCAGAACAGAUACCAAGAGCUUAGCAAUCAGCGGCAACAGGAACGGCAGAGUUUACAAACCGUUGAGCGGCGACUGGGAGAAGAACGACGGUUGCGCCAAUCGCUCGAAGCUCAGCUCAACAAUGAGCGGAAGCACCGCAAGCAAGCGGAGGAACGGAUCAGUCGAGCUGAGUGCGGGGAGGCGUGUUUGGCGAAGAAACGACAGAUGCAGCUCGAGCUGGAUAAGCUCAAGCACGAGCUGAUGAGCUGCGAGGAUGCGAAGCAUCUAGCCGAGAAGCAGACGCGCACUUUCGAGCAAGAGAUGAGGAAAUUCGAGCUACAGCUGCGGAAUCGCGAAUCACAACAAAACGCGGAUGUACUGAUGAGUGCGCUGGCCGCCAUGCAGGACAAGAAUGCGACACUGGAGAAGAAUCUGUCAGCGGAAACGCGAGUUAAGAUGGAUCUCUUUUCAGCCCUCGGUGGUACUCGGCGUGAGCUGGACAUUGCUACCUGUACACUGCGUGCAAAAGAGAAGGAAAUUCUCGAUCUCAAUGCCAAGAUUGUGCAAAUGCUCGCACUUAUGCCGAACGAUUCCCUCUGUCUAUCGGGCCCGGUAGGGCCCGGAACGGGGCAGGACGGUGGUCCCGGUGCAUCGAUGGUGCGACUAGCCGAUGCACCGCAGCUACUGCCCCAGCAACUUAGUUCCGGACUCAAUGGGAUGAACGGUGGGGCAGGAGGUGGUCCUGGAGGACCAGGAGGGGGAGCAGUAGGAUCGGGUAGCGGUCAACAACCGAGCCCAAUGUCACAUCUGGUGCUGAACGGACAACCGCUGAUGGGUUCACUCGGCGGUGGUCUCGGUGUGCUGACAUCCACGAUGACGACCGUUUCAUCGCCCAACUCGGUCUGCCCACCACCUGGUGUCACCCUGGCGUCCCUUGCGCCCGGCUCCGGAGGCAACGUCGGCGCGGGAGGCCAAUUAGUACAAAUGCAGGGCGCUAACCAGGGCAACGGUAACUGUCCUUCCGGCUUGGACCCGAACGCGACGGUCUACACGCCAAAGAACAAUGGUGGCAUGGUUGGUGGUGGUGGUACCGAGGCCUGACCGCUCGAGUUAUCGUUUCUUCCGCCGACCGGUGGUGUUUCCUAUCCUUCACUCGUUUCCACCGCCGGCCACAGCCCAGUCCCGCAGGUGGUCAGUGUUGCGAGCGUCACUAGUCUCGCUCAGCAGCUGAACGCCGCACAGCACCAGACCGGUUCGGCCCCUGCAAACCUUCUAUGCUCCUCACCAUCCUGCUCUCCCUCUUCCUCCUCCUCCACGACACUCCAUCCGUCAUCGGCGUCGGUUCAUCUAUUAGCCCAUCACCACCACGCCAGCGCUCAUUCAUCUACCCUUCCCUACCAGCAACAACAUCACCACCUGCAGGCUAACCAUCCUCACCAUCACCACCAACGCCAACUUCCAUCGGCAAACGAUCCGUUUGGUUAAUUCGGUCCGAUUGGUAUGGGUUCCACUCGGCACACUCGGUUUAGCACGUCGCUUCUACGCUUCUUAACACUCUUUGAACCAUCAUCCUGCCCAUCCUGUGUAGUGCUUGUUUAUUCCGAAUGGGCGCAACAAAUCACAAUCUCAAU